AUGGGCAACUUUACGGCCAAAAAUUCUCGGCAUGAUCCUGCAGAGAUAGAACCGGCGUCAAAUCGUCGACGAACAAGUUCCAAUACAAAACAUAUGUACAAUUCUUGUACCAUGUGCCUUUGUUCAUUUGGAAUACAAGAAGAACGUAUCCCUCUCGAAUGUAUCAAUUCGAAAUGCGCACGGUUGUACUGUUCUCAAUGCGUCAAAUUUGUACAAAUGCAUAAUGGAACUACGAAAAGAUUUCGCUGUAUGUAUUGUUUAUUGGAAUAUCCUCUGCAGAAAAUACCGGAGGAAAAUCAAACACUGAUCAAACAACUAUGGAAUAGUAUGUCAAUCAAAUAUGGUAUACGUUAUACAAGUCAUUUAUUAAAUAAACAGUUAACAGAGAAUAAUAUGAUUGAUCUUUGGUGUGAUAUCGAAUGUCGCCGACGUCAUUUAAUUAAUUUAAUUUCUACUCUCGAACGAUUUUCUCGAUGGGCGCAGAUCCAUCAGAUUACGAAUGAUACUCAUAUUAUGGCUGAGAAAUUGUUAGAUAUUGCUACGCGAAUGAAAGAGAAUCCUACGGAAAAUAUGCAUAGAUGUCAAAGCGAGUACAAAGAAGUGAUUUCCAUGUCCGAUCAGAAUAACAAUCAGGAGAGCAAUGAAAUUGGCUCCUGUUAUAUUCGGACAUGUGAACAUUUACUUGGUGAUAUAUCCGAUACAGAAUUUUAUCGAGCAUUUACCAAUACUCACGCGAAAAUGAUUGAAUGGAACAGUGCCUUGGCGUCGAGUGAUCAAUUUCAACCACAAGUCGCAGAUUUGUUUACUGCUAUUGAAACUGAUCUUGAAGAACAAUGGGUCAAUCAUCGUCACGGUAUCGUACGAGCUAAAAUUGGUAUCAUUGGCUAUACCUGCGUUGGAAAAAGCACCAUUCUCAAUCGUUUACUUGGUAUCGAAGAUCUUGCAAACGAAAUUUCAUCGCCAGUGCGCAGUAUAAAAAGUACUUAUUAUCAAUUACAAUUCGACCGAAAGGAACCUUUGAAAUCGCCGAAUAAUCUAUUGAAAACAACUGCUGUUACACUUGUAGAUAUUCAAGGUCAUGAUAAAGAUGUACCGACAGUUGACAAUCAAAUCACACCGGGCAAUUAUUUAGAUGAAAUUCGCAAAGCUGAUUGCGAUAUUUACGUAUUAGUUUUCGAUGAGAAACUUCGUUAUGAACAGCAUGGCUGGAUAACGUAUAUCGAAGAAACAUUGAAGAGGCAAUGUAUUUUAGUACGAUCCAAAAUUGAUAUUGACUUUUUAGCGAAAUAUCGUGAACGAUCAGGUUUGUUUUAUGGCAGCAGCACGGUAGCCGAACGAAAUUAUCACACAUCAGCAAUUCUCGAACAACUGCGAUUCGAUAAUCAAAUGGAAUCGCAUCGAAUCUAUUUGACGGCAGCUGAUUUCAUGCCAGCAAGUUCUGAUGCUGAAACUUUACUAAAAACGCUAUCGUUUGAUAUGAAAAUCUUAAUUGAUGAACUAGGUCACUUAGCAUGUGAUGCACGAAAUCGUCGUAUCCACUCAUUAGCCGUACGAGCCAUCGCUCGAGUAAUCAACGUAUGUUUUCGUCGUGGUUAUGUUCUAAAUGUCUUCAAUUACAAGAUCGGAGCUGGUCUAGCUGCUAUCGUACCCUUUGGCGAUCAGUUGCCACGUUACUUGGCAAGGGAUCAUAUUCGCCAAGCAUUCGGCAUCACCAAAGAUUUUCGUCAGUACUUAGUACAAUUUCGUUUGAGUAUUGACGAUGGCUGUUUGCAAACGUCAACGCUGGAGAACUGCGUAACGGCAACAAUGAUGAAAACGAGAGGAAAGAAUGGUUCAUUGGGAGCAGCUGUCGGCGGUGCUUUCAUGGCUGGUGCUCCAUUUUCCGAUGAUAUUAUCCGUGUAGCUGCGCCAACUGCAGUUGCUUUGACAGGUGGUGCUCGCAUUGCUCUAACAGCAAGUACAGCCGUCGUCGGUGUAGUUAUCUCUGCUGCUGUAUGCGCGUGGUCAGCUGUAAAUAGUGGCAAACAUAUAUUUAGUUAUGUAAAUCGCUUAUGCGAUGAUCUUAUUCUCGUCAGCAAUCCCUUAGUAACUGCAUUGAUUGACAUUAAUAGCAGAAAAGAUGAUCAAGCUAGCUGA